AUUUAAAUGGCGACGCGUAUGAAUACUAGUAAUUUCGACUGUUGGUCACUUUGCUCAGUCGCUUCUCUGGCGGGGAUUUAAAAUCAAUCAAUAUUUGACACGCCGGUAUUUGUUGCGCAAAACGUUUUUGAUAAAAAAAAUUCACAAAUACGGAAAAACAAGUGAUUUAAGAUGUUGCGGUUUUUAAGGAGGCAACCUCCAAAAGAAAACGAGGGACGCGAAAGUCAAAAGAAGGAAUUAUUCGGAUUCAGAAGGCUCAAUGAACAUGGCUUUCCCAGUAAACCGUCAGCUGUUGCAUUUGAUCCAAAGUUGAAACUUCUUGCCAUAGGCACCAAAAGUGGAGCAAUAAGGAUAUUUGGAGCACCAGGUGUGGAAUGGACUGGUCAACACAAGGAGGAUGUACAGGUGGCGCAGCUCUACUUCCUGCCAGAACAGGGUCGCCUGAUUUCACUGUGCUCAGACAAUAGCCUUCACCUGUGGGAGAUCAACAAUGACAAGUCUGACACAAACUCCACGCUGGAUGAGGUGCACAGCCUCUCCAUUGAGAACAAUAAGAUGAAGACAGUGUCUGCCUGCUGUCUUACAACCAACCAUGAGCAGCUGUUGCUAGGGACAGAGGGUGGCAACAUUCUCAUUCUCGAUGUGAAGUCUUUCUCCUUGCUGGAUCAGAUCAUCUAUCAGGAUGUGGUUAUGCAAAAUGUACCUGAUGACUUUAAAGUAAACCCAGGUGCAGUGGAGUCCAUAGCAGUCCACCACAAAGAUCCUGAUAAGUUUCUGAUUGGGUACAACCGAGGUCUGAUUGUGCUGUGGGACAUCAAGGCCAGUAACUCUGAGCAGACCUACAACUCCACGCAGGUAAACAGACCAACCCAACUGGAGUCGCUGUGCUGGGCCAGGAAUGGCGAGGAGUUUAUGAGCUCCCACGCUGACGGCAGCUACAUGACUUGGACAGUGGCUGACUCCUCCAAUCCCAAGGAACCCUCCCUCACACCCUAUGGUCCAUUUCCAUGCAAAGCUAUUGGAAAGGUUGAGUGGAGAACUGCAAAGGCUGAUCCAUUCAUAAUAUUUUCUGGCGGUAUGCCUCGUGCCAGCUAUGGAGACAAGCACACUGUUAGCAUCAUGCAGGGAGAGAACCAUGUGGUCUUGGACUUCACCUCCAAAGUCAUCGACUUCUUCACAAUCACGCGGGCUGAUGAACAGGACACUUUAGAAGAGCGUGCUGAGAACGAUGAGCCGCAUACGCUGAUAGUGCUGGCGGAGGAGGAGCUGGUAGCCAUUGACCUUGACAUGGACAAGUGGCCCAGUUUCCCGCUCCCCUAUCUGAACAGUCUCCACUCCUCAGCCAUCACCUGCUCUCAACACAUCAGCAAUGUCCCUGAGCAGCUCUGGACCAAGAUUGUUGACAUUGGCAACAGUCAGCUGGCUGGCUAUUCUAAGAGGGCUUGGCCCAUCACUGGAGGUACAUCUGAGAAUGUUAAUGGCUUUACCAGAGAUCUCCUUUUGACUGGACAUGAGGACGGCUCAGUGCGGUUCUGGGAUGUAUCAGGCUCAUGUCUGAGUUUCCUGUACAAGCUGAGCACGUCCAGUAUCUUCCAAGUGGAGGUCCACUCCCCUGACACCAAUGGGGAGAUGGAGGAGGAAUGGCCACCUUUCAGAAAGGUGGGCACGUUUGACCCGUAUAGUGAUGACCCACGCCUGGGUAUCCAGAAGAUAGCGAUGUGCCCGCUCAGUGAGACCCUGGUGGUGGCAGGUACAGCAGGCCAGGUGGUUGUGCUGCAGAUGGAACGGGAGGAGAGGCAACAGGAGGUGAAGCAAGUUCAAGUGAACAUUGUCGGUGACCGUGACAACUUUGUCUGGAAGGGUCACGAGGCAAUGCCCUCACGGGAAGGGGAUGUAAAAUACGCAGCAGGUUUCCAGCCUACGUGCAUCAUGCAGCUAUAUCCCCCGGCCGCAUGUACAGCCCUCUCAUUCCACUCGGAGUGGCAAUUGGUGAGUGCCGGCACAGCCCAUGGGUUUGGACUCAUUGAUUAUGUGCAGAAGAAGGAGGUCAUAAGCAAAUGCACCCUUAACCCACAUGACCUUACAGGCACAUCUGAGACUCAGAUGUCUCGAAGGAAGUCCCUUAAGAAGUCACUUCGUGAAUCAUUUCGUCGACUAAGGAGGCGCAGGUCAGAGAGAAGGGCCAAGUCAAAGGAAGACACUAAGGCAGACAAGAAAAUUGAGGAGCCUCCGGGUACUCCCCAGCCAGGACCCUCCACCUCAGCAGGUAUUGAGGCUACACCCGGCACCCCAGAUACCAAACCAGUGGAGAGAAGUGUAGAAUUCAGGAACACAGAGGACUCAAUGGCCUCCAUGGUCCGCUGCCUGUACUUUGCAGAUACCUUCAUUGUUAAUAGUCAUACACACAAUCCAUCUCUGUGGGUUGGCACCAAUGGUGGACACGUAUUUGUUUACAACAUCACGCUCCCUAGUGCAGAGAAACGCAACGAGGAAACAGUGGCAUGUGUUCUUGCAAAGGAGAUCCGAUUACGGCAUGCUGCACCUGUGAUCUCUAUUGGAGUUGUAGAUGGCAAGAACCGUGUUCUGCCUGAUUCCCUGGAAGUACAACACGAGCGUGCCAAGGCUCCCGACAUGUCAUCUCACCAUCAUGUUAUCAUCUGCUCAGAGGAACAGUUGAAGAUCUUCACACUUCCCCAGUUGAAAGCCAGGUGGAAGUUUAAGCUUACAGCUGCUGAUGGUUCACGCAUCAGGAAGGUGGCGUUUGUCAACUUCCGUAGCCGUAGUGAUGACAACUACCUGGAGAACGAUGUGGCCUGCCUUAGCAACCUGGGAGAGCUCAGUGUGUAUUCCAUGGCAACACUGCGACAACAGAUGCAGGCAUCCGCAAUCAAGAGAGAGGAUAUCAAUGGGAUCACCUCAUUCCUGUUCACCAAGUUUGGCCAGGGUUUCUACUUGUUCUCAUCCUCUGAGUACCAGAGGGUGACACUGUCUGCCCGAUACCAGGGCGAGCCUAAGUGCACGCUGCAGCUGGCUGAGGGAAUGAGGCCUGAACGGCCAGUGGAGGAACAGAAUCAGGGUGAGGCUAUCACAGAAGGCUACAGCAAUAAUGACAUAGCGGAGGGUUUGAACGAUACCGCUAAUGACUCGCGUGCAGACACAACUAUGGAGAUCACUCAAGACAGUGUGGCAAUAAUUGCUCACAUGGGUGAUACGAGUGUAAUUAGCAACAUAUCCGAGACGCCUGUACAAGAAACCACACCAGCAACACCCUCUACCACUACUCAGCCGACAGCAGGAGGAGAUGGCCCAGCAGUAAACACAACAGAUGACACAAAAGGGGAGCAAACAACGGUCGAGACUGAAAAGAUAACGGUAAAGCUCGAAGAAGUGAAGAUCUUCAACAAGCAGGAUAGUGAUGACCCAGCGCUUGAGAAACAGAAAACCAUCACAGUAGAGCUUCACAAUGGCCAUGAGGAGGUCGCCGCUUGACCUUGACCUUUGUGGAUGACCUUAACCGUAUUUGUAAGGUCUUGAUUGGACCGAAGAAUGGACAUGCUUUAACUUAAGUCGUGCUGUUGGGCAUGUUCAGUUGUUUUGAAGUUGUGUAUUUUGUAAAUUUAUUGCUCUUGCAUUUUAACUUCAUUUCAUGUGUGCAUUUACUAAGGUGUUCUUAGUCAGCACUGAUUCCUCGUAAAUUUUAUAUGAACAUUUAAAAGUAAUGAUCAUUGCAAGCGUUAAACAAAAUAAUUGAUAAUCAAUGCAAUAAUCUUCAAUUUAAUUGUCAUAUUACAUAGGGUUUCCCUUAUGUUAAUUUUUGCUCUGAAUGAACAAAGUAUUAACACAACAACAAAACAAAUUCUUGAUUUUAGAACUUAAUUGUGUUCAUAAGGAGGAUGUAGGACCACUCAUUUUAACAUCUUACUGUUUCAUUGUAACAAAUAUCUUUCAGUUCCAAAUUUCAUGUUCUGCUAUAGCAUUAUCAACAUUUAAAGGCAUGCAUUCAGAGUUUUAAUCAUCAUAGUCAUUAUAGUCUCACUUUUCCAAUUUAUUUAUAUGUUGUCACGCAAAAGCCAGGUGGUAGUUGUAUAAUUAUGUGACUGCUGUACAAGUAAAUGCCAUCUUGUUGUUUUCUUCAGUGUUUAUUUUGCAUAAAGAAUAUUGAAAAUAUUCCAUUACUUUACUAUGUAUGUAGUUUGUAUUGGUGUAAACAUUGUUUUAAUAUUCCAUGUAUUUUUGAUACAUGAUUAACUUGUAUUACAUAUGAACAUGGUUUAAAUGCAAUACAAUGGUAAAUAUCGUAUUUACUAAAUCAUUAUUGGCCUAAUAUAUUAAUACUAUAACUUUGUAUUGAUGUGCUUUUAAAUUUAAUCUAUUAUACGAUGUAUAAAAGCGAUGUAAAAUUUUAAAUAUUUUAUUUCACUUGCUAGUUUUUCAGCAAUAGCCAUGAUUUUAUAAAAUAACAUUAUAUGUACACAUGUACUAUGUUUGAACAAUUCAGCAGUAGGAAAUAGCAUCAUCACUGUGCAGGAACGAUGACAUUUGGUGGACGAGUGGUUUGUUAUGUGCCUUCUUGAUGUGAUUUGUUAAUUUGUUAGUGAAAAUACCUGUAGAACAUUCAAUAAUAAGAUGUUAAGAAAUAUACACACAAGUGUUGUCUCUAGAACGUUCAGAAUGCAUAAACCUUCCAUUAUGAUAAAUAAUUUUUGACACAAAACCUUUUGUAAAGAUAGCAGAUGUAUUGCAUUUGUCAACAUAUGCAGUGUUUUUGUUUUUUUUUGUUAACGGCUUGGCUUUAUUUGUUUUUGCAGUAAUUUGGUCUAUAUGUAUUAAGCUUUGGUAUUGGUCUUAUUCGUUGUUGAUAAUUUCUCGUAUUUUAGAAUAUGUACAUGGGCAAUAUGAAUUUAAUUUGUUUAUGUUUGUACAUGGUAAAAUUGAUCGAAAGAUGCGUUUUCUGCAAUGAAUCUGCAAUGAAAAAUUUAACUUAUUCAUCAUGGCAAUCUUUAACAUUAUUUUGAGCAGGUAUGUUAGUGGUGGAAGUAUUGAAAUAAACUCGCUGUUCAAGCUU